CACAACUCCACGGACACGCCACACAACUCCACGGACAUGCUGCACAACUCCACGGACACACCACACAACUCCACGGACACGCCGCACAGCUUCUCGAGCAAAUUUAUUGAAGCAGACAGGAAUACUCUUCUUGAACCGAAGCAGGAUACGCCCGGUGCUUCCCAGAAACCUGGCAAAGGCGCCCCGGUCAGCGACGACAAUGGAUAUAGCUCUAUUGCUAUAUAUUUUUUUUUCAUUGUCAGCUUGUUGGCGUGUUUGUACUUCUAUUUGUAUUUUCCAGUUUGUGGGAAGUAUGGAGGUGCUCGGUCAUUUUGUCGGCGGCGUGGCUGGCGUCGGGUGACGUCGCUGGGCCUCGAUCCAGCAGAAACAAUGCACACAGGAGGAAUCUCAGUUACAGCUGCGCAGGUUUUGGGCCGAAUGUCGGAGUCGCCAAUGAAAGAGGAACUGGCGACACCUACGCCACAGGAACAUAAGUUGGAGGAUAAGAAAGGGAGUGGUCUAUCACUCCUGCGCCGGGGAAGCGUAACGAGCAGCGAUGGCUGGAGCUGGGAUGGGGAAGUGUAG